AUGGCGCUCGAGCGCCCCACCGCGGAGUCCGCGCCGUUGCUCGCCUCCGCGACGCGCGCGUCGGCGCCGGGAGACGACGAGAGACUCGACGCCGUCGUCGUCGAUGCGUCCGCGGCGUGGGUGUUGCGCGACGCCGCGGGCGAUCGCGUGGACGACGCGUCCGACACCGCGUCCGGGACCGCGGCGUCGCGCCCGCGCGCGCGCGCGCUCGCGGUGGCGCUCGCGGUGGCGCUCGCGGUGGCGCUCGCGGUGAUGGGGACGACGGGGACGCGCGGCGGGCGGACGGGCGGAUGGGCGACGGCGACGGCGACCCUCGGCGCGCGGACGGAAGCCAUGCUCGGACAGGAGCUGCCGGCGAACGAUCGCGUGGAGGGUAAGGGUAUGCCGGUUUUUUUACACGUCCCGAAGACGGGGGGGACGUCGAUCGAGAGCGCGCUCGGGUGGCACGGGAUCGCGGCGGGGAUGUGUCACUUGAAGCACCUCGGAGGGUAUCGCGCGCCGAGGCCGUACGAGCUCCGGGGAACGCUGAAAGACGCGGGGUGGGAGCCGUGGCACACGCCGCCGGCGAAUUUCGUCCAGGACUCGUGGAUGAUCGUGAGAAAUCCCUACUCCAGGGCCGCGAGCGAGUUCGUGUACGCGGCGAUGACGAGAAAGGCGCAGGACGCGACGUUUCACAAGUUGACGCCGGGAUAUAGAAACACAAACUGCGUGAGCUUUCAAGCCGCGGUGCAGGAUAUGCUCGGACCGAUGGCUGAAAAUGGGCUGUUGAAGUGCUACAGGGACGUGGAUUACACCGUCCAAGGCAUGAACGCGUGCGACACGAAGAAUCAAGGAACUGGUUUGUCGUCGCACCACGUCCCGCAGAGCGUCAUGGGCUCGUGCGCGCAGCGCGUCUUCUCUUACGAGAAAUGCCUGAGCAACGAAGAGGGACAGUGCCCGGACCCGCGAACGGGAGCGAUGCAGGAUAACAUCUUGAAGUUCGUGCACGAUCGUUACUCCAAGGAUGUCAACUUUGACGAAAAGAUCAUGAGUUGGAACCCGGCGGUGCCGCACCCGGACCUGGAGGCGUGCUGGGAGGACUUUGAUCCCGUCGUUCUCAAGGCGUUUAACGCGAUUUACGCCGCCGAUUUCAAAAAAUUCGGCUACUCGAUGAUUCAACCGAAACCUAACGCCGUGGACGGUAACUCUACGUUCGAAGAGGCCGCGCACGAGACGUUCAAGCCGUCGCACGCGAGUCUGGGCGAGCUGGAAAAGCGCCUGACGAAGGACGAUUACAUCGUCUCCCUCGCCGGACCGAGGUGUCCGUUCUGA